ACGAAGUUUAUAUACUUAUGUUACGGACUUAUAAAACACAAGAUUUUUCCAUUGAAAAAUGCAUUUUAAAUAACAUUUUAAAACGUUUUUCGUGAAGUAUGUCUUUUUCAGGAAAGCCAUCUUCGUCUGAAGGCCAGCGAAAAAAUACCGUGUUCACGUUCAAGAAAAGAACAAGUAAAGUGGACUGGAGGAAAUUAGCUGCUGUUGAUGUGAGCAAAAUUGCAAGGGAAUUGGAUUUUCAAUGUCUCCAAGAAAACAUUAUGAACAUAACAUUUUGUGAUAUUGAAGCAGAAAUGGAUUCCCAGUUUGUUGAUUCAAAUUUUGUGAAGCUGUUUCAACUGGCACAGCUUAUCAUAGAGUAUUUAAUGCAUUCUCAACAGUUUCUACAGUCAAAAAUUGGAGAAAAUGAAAGAGUACUGACUGAGUGUACUCAGGAUCUUCAAAAGAAGGAAAAAGAGUUGGAAGAUAAAGAAAAUGUGGUAAAUCACUUGAAGAAGGAGAAUCGUAAAGCUCGUAAAAUGUUAGCAGAUUAUCAAUUGAUGAUGAGAACUGGGGCGAGUGGCAUCCACAAGUGUCCUUUUUGUCCCAAAGUGUUUGUGAGCCAUGAGUAUCUUGUUAGCCAUCAACAAAGACGUCACAGUAGGCUGUUGAAUACUGAUGCUGAGCUUCCAGCUAAGAACUCUCAAGUAAAUAAUGAAGUUGUGCAAGAAUUGCAGCAUAUCAAAGAGAGAUUAGCGUCAACCGAACGGCAAUUGCAGGAAGAGAAAGAUGCAAAGCAGAUUGAGAAGGAAGACAAAGAAAUGAAUAAAAUCAAAGAACUAGAACAAAGAUAUGCUCAAUGGAAGGAAGAUGAAAAACAGAGACAAAUGAAUGAGAUGAGAGAUUUCAAGAAUUCAGUCAUGAUUGAGUUAAACGAGGAAAAGUCAGCCUUAGAGCAGAAAAUUUUUGAAUUGGAAAAAAAAUCAGAAAGGGUGUCAUUGGUUCGUGGAAUUCAGGAUGAAGAUGAAAAUCAUGAUGCUUCAAGUCGUCAGCAGCAGCAGCAACAAAAUGAUAUUCAAAAUAUACGUAAAGAACUCCAUGAAGAAGUGACUUCAAUUCAUACACAUGCGGAGGAAAAUAUAAAAAAAUUAAUGGAUAAAUACAAAAAACAGGAAUUGAAGAUGAAGAAAGAUAACGAAGCUGAAAAGACAAAUACGAAUCCAUUUUGAAGAAAUUCAACGACGCACUUGAAGCUGAAAGGGCUGA